AUGGGUUUCGGACGUUAAUUAAGCGCCCUCAUUUAAAAGAAUAUAAUUCUUAAGAAGCGAUUAUGGAAGCAGACCAUUUGGGAAUUCAUUACUCCCAUCAUCAUCUGUUUCUUGUUUGGAUACUUUCAAGCAAAGAGUAACUCAACUAACAACAUACUUACAUUGCUGACAAUGGGAAUAGCAGUGCCAGUGUGCUUUUCAAAUGCUGCCAGAUUUGUUCUAAGUUAAGUGGUGAUCGAAAAGGAAACCAAGAUGAAGGAAACCUUAAAGAUCCUUAGUCUAAAAACUGGGGCUUACGGCCUCAGUUUCUUUUUCACUUAGCUAAUUUUCUCUAUCUUCACAGCGAUACUGGUUGCUAUAGUUUUUUCUGUAGUGGGCUACGUGAAAUCUGCUCAGAUUUUACCAUUCUUUAUUGCACUUCUGAUCUAUUCGAUGGCAUUUAUUCUCUACACUCUAUUCAUUACUACCUUUUUCUCAGACUCAAAGCUAGCCACGCAGAUUGGUCAACUUGCUCUUAUACUACCAAUGGCUAUCUUCAUCGCAAUUUAUCAGAACAAUCAGGAACUACUACCCUUGUUCUAUUGGCUGCCACAUUUCCCAAUGACAGUAGUCUUAAGUAAAUGUGUGAAUGCUAGUAUUGAUGUGAGUAUUGAGUUCGCUUGGAUAGCAUUAGUUCUAAAUGUUCCACUUCAUUAUGUGUUGUAUCUGUAUCUCGACUAGAUAAUCCCAGACACCUAUGGUAUAUCAAAGAGUUGCUGCUUCUGCCUCAGAAGACGCAGAAACAGACCAGAGCAUAUUUACACCUCACUAAUAUAAGAUGAUGGUGAUUAGAACCAAGCCAGUGAUAGUCAAAUACUUUUUAACAGUGAGGCACCAAUCUAAAUAAAGAAACUUACUAAAACAUUUGGCACAUUCAAGGCAGUCGAUGACUUGAACCUAGACAUCAAGGAGAACGAGGUGUUUGCUCUACUCGGACAUAACGGUGCUGGAAAGACCACAGCCAUCUACAUGAUGACUGGAGUACUUAAGCCAACUAGUGGUGAUGCUAUAAUAUAUGGAAACAGUCUAAUGUCAGAUAUGGACGGUGUAAGAUAGAGUCUUGGACUAUGCCAGCAGAUCGAUGUUCUCUUUGAUAAUCUUACAGUUAAUGAGCAUCUUAAGUUGGUCUGUGAGCUAAAAGAUAUCCCUGUUCAAGAUAUUUCAAGGCAAAUAAGUGAAACACUUCAAGUAGUAAUGCUAACUGAGCAUCAAUUCAAACUUACUUCAAACCUUUCUGGAGGCAUGAAGAGAAAGCUCUCACUUGCAAUGGCUCUCAUUGGUGGUUCUAAACUUAUUAUCUUAGACGAGCCUACCUCUGGUCUAGACGUUGAAUCAAGAAGACAAGUUUGGAAUUUGAUAAACGUAAUCAAGCAAGGUCGAUCAAUCAUCAUGAGUACUCAGCAUCUAGAAGAAGCAGAUGAAUUGUCAGAUCGCAUAUGCAUCAUGUCUCACGGUAAAGUAUUAGCUCUUGACACUCCUUUCAACAUCAAGAAGACUUUUGGAGUUGGAUAUAAUCUGUUCAUUGAGCCAAGGAACUAGCAGCAGCAACUUGACUAAUUUAUGUAGCAGAAACAGAGCAUAGAUCAGAUCGUCAUUGGCUCUUAAAUAAUAACUGGUUGCAAUGAGAGCAAUGACUCAACUGCAAAGAGACUAAUCUAUGUUAUACCAUUUGAUCAGUAGCCUAAGAUCCCUGAACUCUUAAAUGAAUUAGAGAGAAAUUUCCCUUAUGUGUACAUAGACAUAGAAAUGAACAGUCUUGAGGAUGCAUAUGUCAGUAUUGCCAGAGCUGAAGAGAGACUGCAUAAUGUAGAUGGGUAAAUUGAAAGAGAUGACUUGGAAGGCAAUAAUGAGUUCUUAAACUAUUUAGAUAUCCAGGGAUCCCCUUCUUUCUUCCAAUAAAUCGGAGCUGUUUUUGUUAAGAGAAUGAUACAGUUUGGAAGAGAGCCUAGAAUGUGGCUACUUCUGGCAAGUCCAUUUGUCACCUCUAUCUUUUCUUUCCUAAUAUUCAAUGGUUUCAUUCCAGAUAGCAAGUCUUAGGGUGAAAAGCAAAUUUGGAUUAUUAUUAUCUCUAUCAUGUUUACACUUUGGAUGCUAAUCGGAUUCUGUAUAUGCUCUGGAAUAUUCAUUCUAGCUCCCACGCAAGAUAGAGAAUUCAAACUCAGAUACUUAAUGAAUUUCAUGGGAAUUAGACCAAUAACUUACUUCCUAGGCAACUAUCUUGCAGAUAUCGUACUAUUCUUGAUUCCCUGCAUCGUCUUCAUAAUUUUGCUCUUUCCAAUGAAAGUUGAGGCAUUUACAGAAAACUGGUCAGUGUUUCUUGCUAUACUGGUUUGUUUUGGAUUCGCAUUAAUUUCCAUGACUUACCUUGUUAGCUUUAUAUUCGCUUCAUCAAACUCUGCUUUCAGAUAAAUUGGAAUCCUUUACUUAGUGAUUGGCUAUAUUGCUCCUAGCACUAUUGGUUCAGUACUCUCUGCUAUUGGCGGAGUUACCACUAGCAAGGUCAUCAGAUAUAUUCUUAUCAUUGAUCCAUUCUAAGCAUUCUAUGAAUCACUUAUUUAUGUCAUAAUAAAGUAUCUCUACGAUUAAACAGGAACAAGCGAUUCUGAUUGGAAAAAUAUUCAAGAUAUAUUCGUAUAUACUCCAACAUUUGCUUGCAUUUCUAUGCUAAUUAUGGCUGUAAUAUACUUUAUCCUGAGUGUAGUAAUUGACUCCUACAAGUUGAACUAAUAUAAGACUGAGGAUAUGAAGCAAGCUGUAUGGCAUCCAAGAUACCUUCCAGCUGACGAUGAUGUUUAAGCUGAGGUUAAUAGAAUCGGACAAGAUUAAGGAUAAGCAAACUAUCAAGUAAAAGUUAAAAACCUAUAAAAGAUCUAUCCAAAUGGCUACCCGGCAGUGAGUGGAAACUACUUUGGAAUAAAAGAAAACUAAGUAUUCGGACUCUUAGGACCUAAUGGAGCAGGUAAAUCAUCUACUUUCUCAAUGUUGACUAUGGAAUUUCCUAGAACAUCUGGUGAGAUCUCAAUACUCAAUACCCCUAUUCAACUAUUUGAUACCAGUAGAGAUGGAAAUAAAAUGGGACUUUGCGCAUAGCAGAAUCUCAUAUGGGAUAAACUUUCAGUUGAUGAGCACUUGAACUUUAUUGGCGCCAUUAAAGGCAUAACCAAGCAAGAAAUUGCUUCAUAGAGAGAUCUUAUUAAAAAGACCCUAGAUCUAGUACCUUUCUCUAAGAUCAGAGCAUGUGAUCUGAGUGGUGGCAAUAAGAGAAAACUCUGCUGUGCCAUGUCUCUAAUGGCGAACCCUAGAAUUGAGUUUCUAGAUGAGCCCACUACUGGUGUUGACCCAAUCGCUAGAAGAAGUUUGUUCAAAAUGCUAAAGCAUCUCAAGAAAUCAUCAAUUAUGUUGACAACUCACAGAAUGGAUGAAGCAGAAGCAUUAUGCGAUGUGAUAGCUAUCAUGAUCAAUGGAAAAUUCGUCUGUCUUGGAUCACCAAGUCAUCUUAAGGCUAAGUACGGUCAGGGCUAUCAAAUCACAGUUAGACUGAAUCCUAAUUCAAACAUUCAAAUAGUCGAAAGUGAAAUUAUGCAGAGAAUGCCAUUCUGCAUUAAGGACAACUUAUCUGGUCAAGGUCAGCAAUCAAAUAGUAUCAAUGCAGUUGGCAGUGCAUAAGCUCAAAUUAAGGAGUUAGUGUAUAAAGUUGAUAUUAACAAUAACAAUGCCCAGGAAAGCCAAAUUUAAAAGCUAAGCUUUAUCUUUUCCUCACUCAAUGAACUAUAAGGAUUGGGAAUGUUCGCUGAUUUCUCUGUCACUAGAUCUUCACUUGAACAUGUCUUUAUUCACUUUGCUAAGUUCUAGUUAUAACAGAGCAAUUAUCCAGGAUUUGGAGCUCCUGUUGCUAUGGGAUAACCAGUUAUGCCUGCCCCCAAUAUGCAAUAACCUCCUUACUAUUAACAACCGGCUCAGUAAUUUUAUCAACAGCCUCCUCCAGGAUAGCAACUCUAAUAUCAGCAAAAUUAACAGUUCUAAAUAAUUCCACCAAACCAAUUGCAACAUUAGAGACCAUCAUAGGUGUAAUUGUAGAACUACUAGAUGCCUCCACCUCAGCAAAACUUCCAACCUCUGCCAUAAUACAUGCAGCCUAACUUGCAACAAUAGCCAGGAUUUAUCCCACCUUAAUAGUAAUUCAUUCAAAAUCCUCAACAAAUGCCAUAUCAGCAAAAUAUAUAGCCACCUCCAAAAGACGUAGAAUGA